GGCCAAUCAGGUGUGCAUUUUCUGAAGGUCAGUUUUGUGGCUCCUCGCUCUGAUGCGUGAGGUGGCUCUCCAACAAUAGAAAGUGGUACGUACCAUCACAGUCUUUACGAUAGGUACAUUUCCCCACGAAGUCAAGAUUAUAUUUUCUACUUUGCAUUGAUAAAAUAGUUUCCUCGCCAGUGAAUUAAUCUUAAAAUCGGUUGUUGUAGUAUGUUGCAUUAGAUUGUGCCCUCCGGAGCCCUUCUGGUAGGGAAUAGUGCCUUGUUCCUUCGCUGCUGAACGUGAUUCAUUUCUCCCCGGCAAUGAUAACCAAAGCAUGGAAGUGGGUUGGAUUGGAUAUGUCAAUUGACAGAAACAGCGGCGUGCACUGUACUGUAGUAGGGAUGGCAAGAAUAUAGGAGGAAUUGAACAGACAUUUAAGGUGUGGUAGCCGUGGUCCAGGUAUCCCAGGAUGCCGUUGGUGAAGAGGAGUAUUGAGCCCAGGCACCUGUGCCACACGGUGCUGCCGCGGGCCAUCAAGAACGAGCUGGAGUGUGUGACCAAUGUGUCCCUAGCUAACGUCAUCCGACAGCUCAGCAGCCUCAGUAAGUACGCAGAGGAUCUUUUUGGGGAGCUGUUCAACGAGGCCCACUCCUUCUCCUUCCGGGUCAACUCCCUCCAGGAGCGCGUGGACCUCCUCUCUAUCAGCGUCACUCAGCUAGAUCCUAAGGAGGAGGAGCUAUCUCUCCAGGACAUUACUAUGAGGAAGGCAUUUAGGAGCUCCACCAUCCAGGACCAGCAGCUGUUUUCCCGCCUGUCACUGCCCAUCCCCCUGCAGGAGACGUUUGACCUCUGCGAGCAGCCACCACCCCUCAACAUCCUCACACCCUACAGGGAUGAUGGUAAGGAGGGGCUGAAGUUCUACACAAACCCCUCCUACUUCUUUGACCUAUGGAGAGAGAAGAUGCUGCAGGACACGGAGGACAAGAGGAAAGAGAAGAGGAAACAGAAGGUAAGGGGAAACGACCGUACUCUGGAGACUGAGAAGGUACCGCGGGUGCCUCAUGACCGGAAGAAGGAGUGGCAGAAACUGGCGCUGGGGGCAGAGCUAGCUGAGGACGACUCUGAGGAGGCCUUGAAAGAAAGAGAGGCUAACGGCUCCGCCACCUACCACGACAGGUCUGGAGCUCCUAUGUACUUGGAAGGGAUGGACGGGCCGUUCUCCCUAGCAGCGCUGCCCUACAGUCAAAUGAACGAGCUGCUGAACCGUCCUGGGGACAGAAUGUACACGCGACCCCACGACCCCCCACCACUGCCCCCCAUGCACCCUCUGGGAGACAUCAAACCCCCCUCCAUGAUCAGCUCCAGUUCAGGUUUUUCAGACAGCAGACCCCAGUCUCCAGCACAGAUGCAUGGCUUCAAUUCCAACACCCCUCCCCCUCCGCCUCCCCCCUUGCCUCCUCCACCUCCCCCCUUGCCUUCUAUGUCCAGCUCUGGCCCACGGGGCACCCCUCCUCCCCCUAUCCCUCCUCUACCAGUCCAGCAGCAGCCCCCGGCCAUCCCCCUCCCCCCGCCCCUCCAGAUCGCCCCUGGCGUCCUCCACCCUGCCCCUCCUCCCGUGGCUCCUCCCCUCCACCUCUCCUCCCCGGCCCGCCUCCAACAGAUCCUGGACAAGGGCCCGCCCCCUGGCCAAUCAGAUGGCACUGUACUGCCCCCGCCCCCUCCUCCUCCUCUGCCUCUCCCAGGAGCACGGAGCUCCUCCCCCUGCCCGCCAGGCCCGCCCCCCGUGCCUUCCUUCCUGUCAGGUGCCGUGGGGUCCCCAGCCUCUCACUCCAGUGGGAAGAAACAUUCUGCCAGCCUGCCGCCCAUCAGCGACGCACGCAGCGUCUUAUUGGAGGCCAUUCGCAAAGGUAUCCAGCUCAGGAAGGUGGAAGAGCAGAGGGAGCAGGAGGCGGCCAAACACGAGCGUGUGGGGAACGACGUGGCCACCAUCCUGUCCCGACGCAUUGCCGUCGAGUACUCUGACUCGGAGGAUGAGUCCGAGUUCGACGAAGGAGACUGGAUGGAGUGAAUGAGAUGGAGGGAGAGGAGAAGAGAAGGGGACAGAGGGCAAAACUGUCACCCAACCGUACCCCCUUUCUAGAUGUCAGAAGUUUAUCCUUACAACUGCUCUCACCUGUCAGUCCUGUUUUACUUCCCCUUCAUGCACUACUCUACACCACUCUCACUCUCUCUUCUCUCUCUCUCUCUCUCUCUCUCUCUGUGUCAAUUACUGUUCUUCUAUGUGUGUUUGGAUAAAAAGCUCCAUGUCAGUUGUUUGUUCCAUGUGUUCUGGUCGGGUUAUGUUUUUGUACUCAUUUUUCUACACUACUGCACAUCGUUCAGUUGCUAUCAUGUUAUUUUCCUUCUUUAUCCUCCAAUGGUAUGAAAUCCUCCUCGUGUACAGUUGUUUCAAAAAUAACCUUUUAAAGAAAAACUAUUGAUGAAGAACGACACAUUUUUUUAUUUCCUGUUUGUUUCUCGCUGUUCAGUAUUAACGUAACAAAGUGGCAUGACACUUCUGUCCUUAGUACUGUCUUGCCUCCUGGUGGGCCAAAGUGGAGGUGAAUGCAUUCUGUAUUUUAUUAUCUCUUCUUGGAGUUUCUUUUCUAACAGAAAAACACAUGCCGUUUCUAAAUGGGCCAGUUGUUGCCAAUAUGAACUACUUGAAGGAUGGUAGCCAUCCUGAAUAUCAGUCGGCUGUGGUUAUUUGCUGAGGUGAUUUAUUGGAGUUGUUCUGUGUUUUUAUAUCAUCCGAUUUGACUUAUUACCUUAGAACAAGGAAAAUAUUGUGAUGAUGAUAUGUUAUGUGAUGAUUGUUGUAUGAUUCUGAUGAUGAAGAUAAAGAAGAAUUAUGGUGAGAUAUUAGAAUAAUCAGAACCACUUAACAGUAGUGUCCCACUGGACACACACAGGUUUAAUCAACGUUGUUUCCACUUCAUUUCAAUGAAAUUAUGUUGAACCAACGUGGAAUAGACGUUGAGUUGACGUCUUUGCUCAGUGGGGUCUGACCAAUGGGAACCACUUAUAGAAGGCAGAUUAUUUCUCUGUGUGUCAACUAACGAGAAGCCUUACCUCGUUUGACUCUAGAAAACUAAAUAAGGGCUCUAUUCAAUCUGUAUCGCUGAAGCGUUACAGAUUGUGCAAUACAAAUGUUAAGAUAAUUUCCGAUUGAGCCGACAGGUGCUGCAUUUACUGUGAAGGCAGUCUCCGCUAACUUGGGAACAUUGCCUUUACAUUUCAAUCACGCUGUAACGCUAAUCUUCAGCGAUACACAUUGAAUAGAGCUCCCACAGUUACUAUGAAGAAUUUAAAUGAAUUAACGGCAUUAGUCUACCUGUGUUUCUGCUGCCAAGGGGGCGGGGCCAUGAUGAGAAAGAAGGAUUCAUCUGCCUUCACGGCUCCCUUUGAAGAUGUCUGCCGUCCUUUUCUUUCUUUUUUCUUUCUUUCGUUCUUUCUUCUACUUGCCUUAUUGUUUGUACAGACAUAUCGUUGAGUUGAUGAAUGUAUUGUGCUGUUACUACUUUCUGCCUGUUCUGGUAUGAAUUAACUGUUUCUAUGUUUGGGGAGUGGGAGAGAGGAAAAUUAACCCUGGGUUAAAAAAAUAUACUGUAUAACAUGUAACUUAUGUAACUGUUGACUAUAACAGUUUGCUUGAGUUAAUAAAAGCUAAUGUUAUGUUUCAGGA